CAAAAAAAAAAAAGAAAACAACACUUUUUCAAGUACACUACCAGAAAUAUACACAAAAGAAAAACAAUAAAGUUUGAGCAGGAGCAUUAAAAAGGUCAAAGGACAUCAUCAAUGUUCCCCCAAUGUGUAUAGAGCCAUAAAAGCCCACGAAAACCUCAUUCAAAGGUCAAGACUAAGAAAAAAAUGUCAACCAAAAUCCAAAAACACUCCUUUGUAUACAAAGUUUAGUGAGCUAUGCACUUUGCAGUAAUUUAAUUAAAUUGCACUUUGAAGCUUUUACGUUUUGUUGUCCAUCUGGCAAACAGAAAAGUUUGUUUUAUUAGUUUGUGUUGCUUAGCAAAAACCUAUUGUUGUGCCAUAUUUUUGUUGGGUUUUUGAGCAGAGCGGAAAAUCCAGUCCAACAAAUGCAACUCUUCUAAAAAUAUACCCUCAAGGAGUGACUUGCACAACGUGUUGCUAUAAUUCUUGCGUCUGUUCGACCAUAUAAAUUCUUCCAAUGUCUACCUCCGACGAUGAACCGCCAGCAUCAUUGGUUAAUGACUUCACAGAUGGGAGCACAUCUUCAAUCUACGACGAGAUCUAUGAUGCCACAGAUUACAAGACAAGCUACUACUCCGAUGUACUGGUCAAUCAAUAUGCACAGGCGGUGAUUGACUUCAGUUCGCAAUACGGAAGUGAUUACAGUAUUUCGUAUACAGCGCUCAAUAUUACCGGGCGACCAUCGAAAUUUCCAGACUAUGGAGAUUUCCCCGAAACAUUUGCCAUGCGCACUUAUGGCAAAUGGUGGGACUUGGCUCCGUCCAGGGUGCAAGAGAUUAAGCCACAAAAUUUACCCAGUAUACCGGCGCAUGAUUUCAUUGUCAUACGCUUUGAACAAUAUGUUAUUCCGGAAGAAUUGGUUAUAUUCGAAACCUACAAUCCAGGUGCGAUUGUUCGAAUUUGGGCUCACACUGCUGCUGAAAAAUGGAUUUGUCUUUGGGAGGUUGCUCCCAAGGCUUAUGCUAAUAUAAGUGCAAGUCGGUUUUCCCCACCGCUUAAAAAAAUACUGCUGCCUACAAACACUAUAAGACUGGAAUUCAAUCACAGCCUCUUGCAUUAUUUUACCGAAAUCGAUGGUGUAGUAUUAGUAGGCAAAAAAUCAAGUGUUUACAAUAACCAGGAUAUCAUAAACUUCUGCAAGACACGCCAUCGAAAAGGUCGUAUAGUUCGUAAAUUGGAAAGCAUGAAAUUCCGACCGAAUUUCACAGAAAAUCCUCAAAGUUUAAUGGACUUUUUAAAGAACGAUCUGGAAAAGUUCAUUGAAGAAACAGCUAUGAUCUCAGUGAGUGAUGGAGAGUCGAGAGAUCAACAUACAGUUAAACUUGGACUGAGUGAUAUGCCUUUUGAAAUUUUACUUAAUAUUUUCUCGCAUUUGGAUUUAAUAUCGUUGUUUCGUGUUGGUCAAGUUUCAAAAUUCCUCUAUGAUGUUUCCACACACCCAUUACUCUAUAGUGAAUUAAAUUUAAAACCAUAUUGGCAUUUGGCUACAUCAGAACUGCUAUGCACUUUGGCCAAGAGAUCAACUUUAAUGAAAAAACUUGAUAUAUCUUGGUGUGGGUUGUUUAAUUCAAUUUCACCAACUGAGUUUAAAAAAUUUAUUCAACAACGUGGUGAUAAUCUGACACAUUUAAGACUUAACUCAUGUAGAUUUCUUAAUGCAAGUUGCAUUGAAACAGUUGGCAUUGUCUGUGAUAGUCUGAAAGAGCUCUCUCUGAGAAACUAUUCUAUAGAUCCGCCCAUCCUUAAUUUUUCCUGUUUGGCUAAUCUUAAAAACUUGGAACGACUCGAUCUUUUCCGCACUGUCAUAGAACCUGACCUGUUGUUAACUAUGCUCGAAAGUAAUCGAAAACUUAAACAUCUUAAUUUAGCAUUUUGUGGUAUUGGAGUGAAUAUGGACGAUGUUGCAAUACAAAUAGCAAAAUACAAUCAGCAACUGAUAUCUCUCGACAUGUGGAAAUCUCACUCCCUGUCUUUCAAAGGUCUCCAAGCAUUGUCCUUGUGUCAUGAACUUGAAGAAGUUGACUUCGGUUGGUGUUUAAGAGAAGAACCAUUGCCUGGUGAAAGCCUUAAAAGCCUACUCAUUGGUUGUCCUAAGCUUAAGAAACUCUUUUUAGCUGCUAUUCGAGGCAUAACCGAUCGUGAUGUUGAAAAUAUUGCCAAUUUGUGCCCAAAUCUUGAACAGCUAGAUCUUAUGGGAGUGCUAGGCAUUUCCACAGAACGAUGUUUUGAAAUACUCCAAAAGUGCAAAAAACUAAAAUUACUUGAUUUAAGUUUUUGUGACAAUAUCGAUGAAAAUCAAAUCGCUAGAUGGUGCAAUAUGUUCAAAGUGGAUAUUAAGCGGAGCUUUGUUCCACCAGAUUUUCUAACUCACUAUGACUAAAAAUGAAAUCAUGAGUUUAAAAUUCUCUUUUUAUAUUUGUAAACUUAAACAAAACAAAACAAAAAAUUUAAAUGUAGCUUUGCAAGGAAAAUGUCUAUUUUAUUACGAAAGAAAAUUAUAAUGUCGUUCAGAUGUUUUUUUAUAUAUAUGUA